UGCGGCGGCUGGACCAGACAGGGUUGCAGGUGCCUGGGGAGCCCGCGUCAACUACACGGGGAGGAGGAUCAGGGUCAAACGUAACCUGGCGUGGUGUCUGGACGAGGGGCCGGCUCCUCCCGGCACUGCGGCUGCGGCCCGGCGGGCGGGGCUGGGACGGUGCUUCGGGCUGGGGUCCCGGCGCGGAGACGCGGACACGCCCCUCCGAGAGCCCCAGGCUUGGGCUGCGCCCUGCCACCCCCGGGCUGCGGGAUCGCGGCGGGCCAGGGAUGUGCUUGAGAGAGUCUCUCCGCGAAGAAUACAGAAUCAUACGGUCCUGGGUUCAAAUCCCAGCUUGACUGUGUGACCUUGGGCGCGUGACUUAAACGCUCUGGGCCUCAGUUUCCUCACCUGUGAAAUGGGGGUAAGAACCGCACCUAGUCCCUGGGGCUGCUGCAAGGACGGCGCUGUCAUAAUGUGGUGAAGCGCUCAGGGCUGCUAGUGAGCGCCCCAUCGAUUGUGGUUUUGGAGGCGGAGCUGGGCCUCAAGAAUGAGUAAGAUUUGUAAGGGAGGAUCUGGGGGGAAGGGCAUUUCUGGAGGAAGGCCUGGCUGGUACAAGGACGUGGAGGGAGGAAAAUAAGCCAAGCCCAGAGCUCCCGGGGCCUUGAAUGCCAGGUGGAGUGGUGAGGAGCCCUGGCGGGGGCCGGAGGAGCCAAGACUGGAGGCUGGGUCCGGAUCCCAGAGUGGCCUGACCCGGGCCUGCUACGCCGCCCCCUAGAUAAGCUUUUCGGAAAGCGGCUCCUGCAGGCGGGUCGCUACCUGGUGUCCCACAAGGCGUGGAUGAAGACGGUGCCUACAGAGAACUGCGACGUGCUGAUGACCUUCCCAGCCUACUCCGAGGGGCCGACGAGCUGGGUCUGCGCAAGGCAGUGAAGGCCGAGUUUGGCGGGGGCACCCGCGGCUUCUCCUGCGAGGAGGACUUUAUUUAUGAGAAUGUGGAGAGCGAGCUACGCUUCUUCACCUCCCAGAUGACAUCUGUGAUUACUUUGGUGUGAAAAUUGCCAUGUACUUCGCCUGGCUGGGCUUCUACACGUCGGCUAUGGUAUACCCAGCUGUCUUCGGGUCUGUCCUGUACACAUUCACAGAGGCUGAUCAGACAAGCCGGGAUGUUUCCUGCGUGGUCUUUGCCCUCUUCAACGUGAUCUGGUCGACGCUGUUCCUAGAGGAAUGGAAGCGGAGAGGGGCUGAGCUGGCAUACAAGUGGGGGACGCUGGACUCACCUGGGGAAGCCGUGGAGGAGCCACGCCCCCAGUUCAGGGGCGUGCGACGUAUCAGCCCCAUCACGCGGGCCGAGGAGUUCUACUACCCGCCCUGGAAGCGGCUGCUCUUCCAGCUGCUUGUGAGCCUCCCCCUGUGCCUGGCGUGCCUCGUCUGUGUCUUCUUGCUCAUGCUUGGCUGCUUCCAGCUGCAGGAGCUGGUGCUGAGCGUGAAGGGGUUGCCCCGUCUCGCCCGAUUCCUGCCUAAGGUCAUGCUGGCCCUGCUUGUCAGUGUGAGUGCCGAGGGCUACAAGAAGCUAGCCAUCUGGCUCAAUGACAUGGAAAAUUACCGGCUGGAGAGCGCCUAUGAGAAGCACCUCAUCAUCAAAGUUGUCCUGUUCCAGUUUGUCAACUCGUACCUGAGCCUCUUCUACAUCGGUUUCUACCUCAAGGACAUGGAGCGCUUGAAAGAGCUCCUGCUCGUCCUGUCCCUGUCCCAGAGCCUCGAGCGGCAGCUGCGGGCGGUGCUGGUCCCGCUCGCGGCCCUGCGGUUCCGCCUGCUCCUCCUCUCCCUCCGGGGCCUCCUGCUCGCGGCCCGGGCCAAAAUGCUGGCCACGCUGCUGAUCACCCGCCAGUUCCUCCAGAACGUGCGCGAGGUCCUGCAGCCGCACCUGUACCGGCGCCUGGGCCGCGGCGAGCUGGGCCUGCGGGCCGUCUGGGAGCUGGCCCGAGCCCUGCUUGGCCUCCUGAGCCUCCGGCGCCCUGCGCCCCGCCGCCUCGAACCCCAGGCGGAUGAGGGCGGGGGCGGCGGCAGCGGGGGCGGGGGCCGCAGGUGCCUCAGCGGGGGCUGCGGGGCGCCGGAGGAGGAGGAGGAGGCGGCGCUGGUGGAGCGGCGGCGGGCGGGGGAAGGCGGGGAGGAGGGGGACGGGCCUCCAGGGGGCAAGGAGGAGGACGAGGACGACGAGGAGGAGGAGGACGAGGAGGAAGAGGAGGACGAGGAGGAGGGCGAGGAAGGGGGCCUCCUGGACUGCGGGCUCCGGCUGAAGAAGGUCAGCUUCGCUGAGCGCGGCGCGGGGCGGCGUCGGCCCGGCCCAAGCCCGGAGGCCCUCCUGGAGGAAGGGAGCCCCACUAUGGUGGAGAAGGGGCUGGAGCCGGGAGUGUUCACCCUGGCCGAGGAGGACGACGAGGCGGAGGGGGCUCCCGGCAGCCCUGAACGGGAGCCCCCGGCCAUCUUGUUCCGCCGGGCCGGGGGCGAGGGCCGAGACCAGGGGCCCGACGGGGGCCCGGACCCGGAACCCGGCUCCAACAGCGAUUCGACCCGUAGGCAGAGACGGCAGAACCGGUCGUCUUGGAUUGACCCGCCGGAGGAGGAACACUCGCCCCAGCUCACCCAGGCAGAGCUGGAGAGCUGUAUGAAGAAGUACGAGGACACGUUCCAGGACUACCAGGAGAUGUUCGUGCAGUUCGGCUACGUCGUGCUCUUCUCGUCCGCCUUCCCCCUGGCGGCGCUGUGCGCCCUGGUCAACAACCUCAUUGAGAUCCGCAGCGACGCCUUCAAGCUGUGCACCGGGCUGCAGCGGCCCUUCGGCCAGCGCGUGGAAAGCAUCGGCCAGUGGCAGAAGGUGAUGGAGGCCAUGGGUGUCCUAGCGAUUGUGGUCAACUGCUACUUAAUCGGCCAGUGCGGGCAGCUGCAGCGCCUCUUCCCCUGGCUGAGCCCGGAGGCAGCCAUCGUGUCGGUGGUAGUGCUCGAGCACUUCGCUCUGCUCCUCAAGUACCUCAUCCACGUGGCCAUCCCCGAUAUCCCGGGCUGGGUGGCCGAGGAAAUGGCCAAGCUGGAGUACCAGCGCCGCGAGGCCUUUAAGAGACACGAACGCCAGGCCCAGCAUCGCUACCAGCAGCAGCAGCGCAGGCGGCGGGAGGAGGAGGAGCGACAGCGCCAUGCAGAGCACCAUGCCCGGCGGGAGCAUGAUUCUGGUGGCCGAGAGGAGGCGAGGGCUGAGGGCUCUGGGCUGGACCCUGCCACCUCCUCCGAGAAGGCCUCUGCCAAGGCCAAGGGCAGCACUGCGGGUGGCCACGGGCCUGAACGGCCCAAGCGCCCAGGGUCCCUGCUGGCACCCAACAACGUCAUGAAGUUGAAGCAGAUCAUCCCACUGCAGGGCAAAUUCCUCUCGUCGGGGGCCACAUCCUCACUGGCUGCUGCAGGGGCCGGAGCCACCACCCGGCCUCCCCCUGCCCAGUCACCCACAGGCAGCGACACCCGCCUGCCUGCCUUCCUCAGCUUCAAGUUCCUCAAGUCACCCGAGACCCGGCGGGACUCUGAGCGCAGCCACUCACCGCCCAAAGCCUUCCACGCUGGCAAGCUCUUCCCCUUUGGUGGCACCCGGGCUGAGCCUGGGUCCAACGGGGCGGGCGGGCAGGCCCGGCCAGAUGGGACCCCCAGCAGUGGCAGCAGCCGGGUUCAGAGGAGUGGGCCGGUGGACGAGGCCCUGGCUGAGGAGCUGGAAGCCCCCCGGCCCGAAGAGGAAGGCUCAGGGACAGCGCUGGCCCCCGUGGGCGCCCCUGCCCUCCGCACCCGCCGCAGCCGGAGCCCCGCGCCGCCGCCGCCAAUGCCGCUGCCCCGGCCCCCGACACCGCCCGCCGGCUGCUGGCAGUGGGACGGGCCCUGGGGCUGCGGGGGCGAGGGUGCCGCCCCCCGCCAGGCCCUGGCCGCUGCCGAGUGCCCACCAUGUGCCAUGGCCGGGCCCCCACCCGCCCCCCAGCCCCUGCCGGGAGACGCCAGCUUUUACAGCCUCCCGCCCCCACCGCUGCCGCCCACCUCGGAUCCCCUCGAGACCCCAGCGCCCUCCCCUAGCCCCAGCCCCAGCCCCAGCCCCCAGGCCGUGUGCUGGCCCAGCGGCUGGCAUUAGCUCUACCCGCCCUGCCUUCUCUUCUCAUAUGCAAUAUCAGUCAUUCACAGGGGCGGCCGGUCCCCAAAAUGCAAAAUGCGCUUCAGCCCCCGAGGGCCCCCAGUAUUGGCCGGUGCCCCCCAUCUGCCGUUUUCCUUUCCAAACGAAAGGAAACCCACAAAUCCAACAGAAAACACACACACACACACACACACACACACACACACAAUAGGCGAUUAUUUAUUUGUUUUUAAUUUAUUUUGUCAUAUUUUUGUAAAACGGCAGAAAUGCAAUAAAAACUAUAUUUCAACAGUG